GACAUCUGAAAUUCAUAAGGUAUAUUUUUGUCUGGUUUAAGUAGAAUAUAAAUAGCCAACGCAAAGCUGCUUGCGAAAGACAAACCUGAUAAUCCUGGUGCCGGAAAAUGUCCGUAAACGUAACCGGCGUAACGAUGAAUGGAACACAGUCCAUGUCGACUUGCUUCAACUCCACAGCAGUAAGAAUUGGUUGCACCUUUGCUUACUGUCUGCUAACUGUUGUGUCACUGGCUGGAAAUACCUUCAUUGGAAUCAUUGUCUAUAGGACUAAAACUCUGAGAACACCAAUCAAUUUUUUGAUGGUAAACAUGGCCAUGUCCGAUCUGUUGUAUCCAAUUAUAUUCUUUACGACGAGGUUGACAGGGAUAUACAAGGCCGGCCACUGGUUGAUCAGUGGUCCCCUUGGGCAAGCCUUGUGUAAGCUGAGUGUCUUCGCUGGAGAUGUCUCAACUCUUGUGUCAGUUCAGAGCCUGGUGCUGAUAACAGUGGAUCGAUUUGUAGCUGUGGUAUUUCCCCUCCGCUCCCCAUCGAUCAGCUCAAGGCAGGGCUGGUUCUCCAUUAUCGCCAUUUGGAUCGUUGCUAUGGCAGUCCAUUGCCCAUACUUAUUCGCCUUCAAAGUUGUCGAGUAUUCAGACGGGCUGGUUUGUUGGUUGCAGUGGAAUGACACAUUUGGAGAGUCCUCGUAUGAAGGCUACUUUCUGGGAAUAAUUAUUGUUGUCGUCUAUGUCCCUUUGGUGUCGAUUGCCAUACUUUACUUCGCCAUCGCCUUAACAAUUAAAUUCCAGAAGAGUCCAGGCGAGCAAUCAGCAAAUGUAAGAAAACAGCACUUGAGGAGAGAGAGAAAAGUUCUGAAGCUGUCCAUUGCCGUCGUGUUAGUUUUUGCUGUAUGCUGGCUGCCAUUCAGUAUCAUGGUCCUCUUCCUUCUCUUUUCCUUAGACAGCGCCAUGAUAUCAUCUUGCAUGAUCCAAGAUGGUUUUGUAUCUGACCAUGAUCCUGUGUUGUUUGACAUUAAGUUGCAUUGUGGUCGUUCUUGUAAAUCUUCUCCAAGACAAGUUUAUGAUUUCAAGAUAGUGAAUCUUGAAGAUUUGUAUGAGCUCUUUCACUGGAUACCAUGGAACGGUGCCUUUUUGGAAGAUGAUGUGAACUCUGCUGCUGUUAAUGUCACGGACUUGAUUUUGGCAGCUGCUGAUGACUGCAUUCCUAAGUUUGUAGUUAAAAAGAAGCUAAAUCCCCCAUGGAUAACUCGGGAGGGACUUAGGUUUGUCAAAAAGAAGAGGAAGUUGGGGGUCUUUUCCAAAUCCUAUGAUUUGGAACAUGGGGAUUCUCAUCCAAAGGAAGAAGUCGGUCCUGGUAGCCUUAUUUCUGUCGCAACUUGCCCUAGUGAAGUUAAGAAAAUUUUG